UCACCGCCGGUACAUAUUAGGACAAGCGCAACCAGGAAGCAGUGUACAAACACUGAAAACAUUAAGAUCAGAAUUUGUUUAUCAAUUUUAUUCUAUUAAAUUAACGCUGGAGGAAGCGAUCGCACUGUUUGAACUGUAUCUCGUGGUCAUGAUUAUAUCUUUCUCAUGGGCUGUUUAUUUCAUGUUCGUGUCUAAGGCUGGUGUGGGCAAGAAUUAUGGAAUAGACUGGUGAAGAUGGGUUUGACUGAAUCUGGCUCUGUAGGCUUACUAAAGGCGUGAAAAUGGACUUCUCCAAGUUCCUGGCAGAUGAUUUUGAUGUGAAGGACUGGGUGAAUGGAGCUUUUAAAGUGGCUCAGAAAGAUGUACCCGGUAAAACAGACGCUCACGCCUCUACUCUGGUCAUGAAGCUGCAGCUGUUUAUUCAAGAGGUCAAUAACUCUAUAGAAGAGAGCAGCAGUCAGGCCCUGCAGAAUAUGCCGCGUGUAUUGAGGGAUAUUGAAGCUCUGAAACAGGAGGCGUCUUUCCUGAAGGAUCAGAUGAUUCUGGUUAAAGAGGACAUCAAGAAAUUCGAACAGGACACGGUGCAGUCUAUGCAGGUGUUGGUGGAGAUUGAUCAGGUGAAGUCUCGUAUGCAGUUAGCAGCAGAAGCGCUACAGGAAGCUGAUAAAUGGAGCACUCUCAGUGCCGAUAUUGAGGAGACUUUUAAGACGCAGGACGUGGCUGUGAUCAGCGGUAAAUUGACUGCCAUGCAGGGCAGUUUGGCGAUGCUGGUGGACACACCAGACUACAGUGAGAAGUGUGUUCAGCUGGAGGCUCUGAAGAACCGUCUGGAAGCUCUGACCAGCACACAGAUCGUCUCCACGUUCAACUCACUGGCUACAGAUCAAGCAAAGCUUUUUGUACGAGUUUUUACCGAAAUGGACAGAAUGCCGCAGUUACUGGCUUACUACUUUAAAUGCCACAAGGCACAACUGUUGAACGUGUGGGAAAGCAUCUGUCAGUCAGACGCGACUCUGAAGCAGCAGCUCUCGGAGUUUUACGACACACUUCUGUCCACAUGGCACACACAGCUUCAGUGGAGCAGUCAGGUCUUUAAAAACCCCUGUGAAGUGCUCACCGUGCUGAUGAUCCAGACGUUGGGGGCGAUGGUGCCGUCUAUCCCAGACUGCAUUGCUGUGGCACUGAAGCGUUGCUCUGGCGAUUGUCGUCUGGAUGUGCUGUUGGAGCUCCAUCAGACGGCGGCGAACUUCAGUCGCAGCCUGGAGGCGGCAAUGCAGCCGCAGCUCGGCGAGUGUAACCUCUUGAAGGUGGCAGAGCUGGUAUCAUGUGUUUAUUCACCUUAUAAGACUUAUCAGAUGCAAUACGGAGAACUAGAGGAGACAAACUUACUGAUCCAGCUCAGUGCUGUUCCUCUGGAGCGUGGUGAGGUUCUGGACUGCGUGUUAGAGCUCACACACUCUGUUCAGAAGGUGUUUGGUUUGGCGGCGGCUGCCGUGGAUCGCUGUGUGAAGUUCACGGAUGGUCUCAGUGUGUGUGGGCUCAUCAAAGCCCUGCGAGCGCUUUUCAGCAAGUACGUGUCAGACUUUUCUGUCACGCUUCAAUCAAUCAGGAAGAAGUAUAAGUUAGAGGACACGCCCACUUCUGAGGUGUUCACUGAGGAUUGGACGGCUUUCCAGAACUCUGUCAGAAUCAUUGCAACCUGUGGUGAGCUACUCAGACAAUGUGGAGCAUUUGAACAGCAGCUUUCAAACAAGAUCCUGGGGAGGGCUGGGCGUUUCCUGUGGGAGGGGUUUAACCCCAGAAGUCUGACUGGUUUACAAGAGGGCGUGGCUGAGAGGCGGAGCCAAAAGAACCCAUGGCAGGAAUACAACUACCUUCAGCAAACCAACACGGCUGAGUAUAAUACUCUACUGGAGACGCUGCACUCCCUCAAGGAGAAAGGAACAGGAAACUCAAGCUUAUUGGCUGAGACUCGCGGCGCUCUGACACGUCUGAACCAGCAGGCCAAUCAGCUGGCGUUUGACUCGGUGUUCCUGCAAAUCAAGCAGCAGCUUUUCCUUCUCAACAAACCAGAGGGUCGCGGCUCUGCUAAUUUGAGUGAAACGCUAACUGAUGAUCUACCGGCCUUCAGUUUGUCACCGCAGGAGUACAUCACUAAUAUCGGUCAGUAUAUCAUGUCUUUGCCUCUGCAUUUGGAGCCGUUUGUGACUCAGGAGGAUCCAGCGCUGGAACUCGCGCUACACACUGGCAAACUGCCGUACCCUCCAGAACAAGGCGAUGACGUCCCUGAGCUGGAGAACACGGCGGAUUAUUGGCUGGGUUCUAUCGCCAGGGCGACCAUGCAGACCUAUUGUGAUGUCAUCCUGCAGCUUCCUGAGCUCAGUCCGCAUGUAACCAAACAGCUGGCAACUGACAUAGAUUACCUGAGUAACGUCAUGGAUGCGCUGGGGUUGCAGAGCUCUAGAACUCUCCAGAAUAUCGUCACCCUUCUUCGUGCCAAACCGGAUGAAUACCGGCAGACGGCCAAACCCCUCCCGCGCAGACUGGCCUCGGCCAUCGCCACCAUGAGAGGUCUGGAGUACUGACACCACCACCGGCCUCGAGUAGAUGGGCCAAUAUGUGUUUGAAGGGAUUUCAUUGUUGCCGAAACAAACACCAAAAUGUGACACUAAACAGAUCUAAUAUUUCUCAACAAACACAAUAAAUCUAUAAAUGACACUUAUUGUUAAUUAUGUUUUUAACAAAUUUUAACAGAAGUUGAUGGUUUAGGAAAAUAAAAAAUAGUCUGGGACUAAAUUGUGCAGAAAAGAAAAUGUUACAGUGAUCCAGUUUUGUCUUGCUGGUGUUUCUUCUGCUUAUUGUUGGCUCCAGGGAUUUAAUUGAAUGGCACAAUGAAAGAUGGUUUGCAUAUUUAUUUUUGUGUUUUGCAUGUUUGCCAUUAUUUCUCUUGAUCAGUAAUAAACAUGCGCACUCUUGUGUUUCUGGUUUAUCAGGCUACAUGAUAACUUUCUGCUUUUCAUGUCUGGCUCUCUGAAUUUGUAUUUCUGUUUUCUUUGCUCACAUGGGAAGUUUCAUACAGCAUUUGAGGAAUGUUUUCAAUUCUGUUCAUUUGUUAACAAAAUAAAACAUCCGAACAGAUUUAAGUGCAUUGUUUUGUGUUUUACAAUACAUCUUAAAUCUGGCCUGUGAUAUUAAGUUUUGCAGUGCAAAAAUUUGGAUAAACAAUUGUCAACAUUGUAAUAUUAAAUAUCAAGAAAUUAUCAGAUUGCCCCUGGUCCUGGAAUGAUUGUUUAAUAAAAUGUUAUGAUUUUUAAAAUUAGUACAUAUUUUGUAUUAAGCAUAUCUGAA